AUGGCCUUGAUGAAUGGGUACUCCGCAUCACCUGCCUCCGAUGCUGCAAGCAGCAGAGAUGAUCUUGCAGUCAGCGAGAGUGAAGACCACCUAUCCGACUCCUUUGCAAACCAUGCCGCACGCGAUUCAUCAUCCUCCCCCGAGGAAGACGCCGCAGACGAGUCCUAUAAUGCCGGCUCCCCAGACGCGGAGGGAGAUGAGGAUGCUUUUGGGAUGGAAAAUGACGAGGACCAGAGCAGUGCAUCUGGCUCUGAAAACUCUUCAUCAUCAGAAACCAGGCGUGGCACGAAACGGAAAUCAUCGUCGGUCAAUGAAUCAGACUAUAUCCGACAGAACCCCGAUCUAUACGGCCUUCGCCGAAGCGCAAGAGCCCGCACGACGCGUCAAAUAGUCGAAUCAGACUCAGACUCGGACGACUCCGAUGCUGUAGCACCCCGUGCUAAGCGUCGACGCGCUGCGGCCUCACAACCCACCUCGAAACGUCCCUCCCGCUCCGCCACCCAGUCGUCGUUCUCCGAAGACUCGGACAGCGAUGAGUACGGGGGUCCCCGUGCUCGUACAAGUAAGGCGAGGCGACGGCGGCUCCUCCAAGCCACAUCAAACGAUGCACCUUCGCACCCUGAGGUUCGUUUCUCAACGAGGAAUGCUUCUCGGGUCUCGAAUUACAACGAAGAUGAUGAUGAUUCCAUGUUCGAGGAUGACCCAGAGGAAAUGACGCAGAAUUAUUGGGUGAAUACUGUGGAGGAUGAUCGCCCAGCUGUCGAUAUUGUGCUCAAUCAUCGCCUCAAGGAUGGUGUGGACCCAAGUAGCCUCGACGUCGGCCGCCACGACUUUGAGUUCUACAUCAAAUGGCAAGGCAAAUCCCAUUACCAUGCCACAUGGGAAACGGCCGAGAGUCUUGCCAACUGUCGUAGUACCCGCCGCCUUGACAAUUACAUACGCAAAACACUGUCCGAAGACGUCCGCCUCAAGAAUGAUGCAGAUGUUGCCCCCGAGGAUCGGGAGAAAUGGAACCUCGAUCGUGAGCGGGAUGUAGACGCAAUUGAGGAUUACAAACAAGUUGAGCGAGUCAUCGGAAUGCGCGAAGGCGACGAAGGGACGGAGUACUUCGUCAAAUGGAAGCGCCUGUUUUACGACUCUUGUACAUGGGAGAGUGAAGAUCUCGUUAGUAAUAUUGCUCAGCGCGAGAUAGACCGUUUUCUAGAUCGCUCCUCUCGCCCCCCGGUGUCAGACAAGUCCGAGACCAACCCAGCCACGCGCAAGUCAUUCGAAACAAUCAAGAGCACACCUAGCUUCCUACAGAAUGGCCAGCUGAAGGAGUUCCAGGUGAAAGGUGUCAACUUCAUGGCUUUCAAUUGGGUGAAGAACCGCAACGUUGUGCUGGCCGACGAGAUGGGUCUUGGUAAGACCGUACAGACCGUUGCCUUCAUCAACUGGCUACGCCACGUGCGCCGCCAGCAAGGGCCUUUCGUGGUCGUCGUCCCACUGUCGACGAUGCCAUCCUGGGCUGAGACCUUCGACCACUGGACCCCUGACCUAAACUAUGUUGUCUACAAUGGCAAUGAGGCUGCACGCACAGUUCUGCGUGAACAUGAGCUUAUGGUAGACGGGAACCCCCGACGCCCUAAGUUCAAUGUACUCCUCACAACAUAUGAGUAUGUCCUGCUGGACUCGACCUUCCUGAGCCAGUUCAAAUGGCAGUUUAUGGCCGUUGAUGAGGCACAUCGGUUGAAGAAUCGCGAAUCUCAGCUAUAUUUGAAGUUGCUCGAGUUCAGGUCUCCGGCUCGACUUCUCAUCACCGGAACUCCUAUUCAAAACAACCUUGCAGAACUCUCUGCCCUUCUAGACUUCUUAAAUCCGGGCCUGGUUCACAUUGAUGCCGACAUGGACUUGAACGCAGAAGCUGCCUCUCAUAAGCUUGCGGAGCUGACGAAAGCUAUUCAACCCUUCAUGCUACGGCGAACGAAGUCGAAAGUGGAGUCUGACCUUCCUCCCAAGACCGAAAAGAUCAUUCGCGUCGAGCUCUCCGACGUCCAACUGGAGUACUACAAGAAUAUUCUCACCAAGAAUUACGCUGCGCUCAAUGACGGAGCCAGAGGUCAGAAACAAUCACUUCUGAACAUCAUGAUGGAGCUGAAGAAAGCAAGUAACCAUCCAUUCAUGUUCCCCAAUGCCGAAGCCAGGAUUCUGGAAGGUAGUACCCGCCGGGAGGAUGUUCUGAGGGCAAUGAUCACCAGCAGUGGUAAAAUGAUGCUUUUGGAUCAGCUUCUUGCCAAGCUGAAACGUGACGGUCACCGUGUGUUGAUCUUCAGUCAGAUGGUUAAGAUGCUUGACAUCCUCGGUGAUUAUAUGGAAUUCCGCGGAUAUACAUAUCAACGACUGGAUGGUACUAUCCCUGCGGCUGCACGUCGUUUGGCAAUUGAACACUACAAUGCUCCUGGAAGCAAUGACUUUGCGUUCAUUUUGUCUACCCGAGCUGGUGGUCUUGGAAUCAACCUCAUGACGGCAGAUACUGUAGUCUUGUUUGAUUCUGACUGGAACCCCCAGGCUGAUCUUCAAGCCAUGGCCAGAGCGCACCGUAUUGGACAGACGAGGCCGGUUAGUGUGUAUCGCCUAGUGUCGAAGGAUACCGUGGAGGAGGAAGUGAUUGAGAGAGCUCGCAACAAGCUUCUACUCGAGUUCAUCACAAUCCAACGUGGUGUUACUGACAAGGAGGCGUCAGAGAUUCAAAACAAGAUGGCUCGUAGUGGAAUUUCGGUCAGCGAGCCAAACUCAACAGAGGAUAUUUCACGUAUUCUCAAACGUCGUGGCCAGAGGAUGUUCGAGCAGACUGGUAACCAGGAGAAGCUUGAACAACUCGAUAUCGACUCAGUCCUCGCAAACGCAGAACUUCAUCAGACCGAACAGGCUGAGGAGAUUCAAGCUGACGGUGGCGAAGAGUUCCUUCGAGCCUUCGAAUAUGUUGACAUCAAGGUGGACGACCUUAGUUGGGAUGACAUCAUACCCAAAGAACAGCUGGAGGAGAUCAAGGCAGAGGAGAAGAAGAAAGCCGACGAACGCUAUCUUGCCGAAGUCAUUGAGCAGAACCGACCCCGCAAGCGCAAUGCACCGGGUGAUGCACGGGAUACCCGUGAAGAACGCAAAGCCAAGAGAUUAGCGAGAGCACAGGUCAGUAUGGAGAAUGGCGAUGACUCCGACUCAAAUGCUCAGUCGGACCCGAAACGACCCCUUGUGGAGAAAGAAUACCGCCAUCUUCUGCGUGCCUACCUUCGUUUUGGAAAUAUGGUAGAACGUGAGGAGGAUGUCGUUCGUGAGGCACGUCUCCUUGACCGUGAUAGAGAGACGGUCAAGGCUGCGCUCCGCGAAAUAACUGACAAGGCUGCCGAUCUGGUACGGGAAGACAUAGAGAAACUCGAGGCCCUGGAACACGCUGGUAAGGUGCCGACGAAGAAAGAAAAGAAGGCGGUCUUAUUCGAUCUCCAUGGAGUCAAGCGUCUUAAUGCGUACACUAUUGUGGAACGUCCGACGGAAAUGCGUAUUUUGAAGGAGGCGACGGCCGCCGUGCCUGACUUCAAGAAUUUCCGGAUACCGGAAGCCACUAAAGCCGCGGACUAUACGUGUCCAUGGGGUGCACGCGAGGACGGGAUGCUGUGUAUCGGUAUUGCGCGGCACGGAUAUGGUGCUUGGACGCAGAUCCGAGACGAUCCCGACCUUGGCCUUGGGGACAAGUUCUUCCUUGAAGAACACCGUGUUGAGAGGAAAAAUGAACGUAUGAAUGCUGAGGACAAGACAACGAAGUCUCCAGGAGCCGUUCACCUUGUUCGUCGCGCAGACUAUCUGUUAUCUGUUCUUCGUGACAAAGUCACCAACGGUUCGAGUGUCAGCGCGAAGAGAGCUGUCGAGAAUCAUCACCGGAAUAACCGGAAAGGUUCCCGUACGCAUGCCAGCAACAGCGUCUCGGCUUCGCCCGCGCCGUCUCUUUCUCGUAGAGGCCACCGGGAAACAGAACGUUCCAGGCAUCGGUCUCAUACCCACGGCGCCAGAGAUAGUGUUGAACGACACCAUACUCCCAGCCACGAUCGACCCAGAUCCAUGCAUGAAGGCGAACGAAGCCGUCAUAGAACGUCCGACGCAUCCAGUGAGGACAUUCGGCGUCGUAAGCCUCAUGAGAAUGGCUACUCCGCCGGCAAAGAGGACAUGGCUCGCUUGUUCUUCAAGCCCAUUCGCGAGAAUCUGAAGAAGGUGUCAGCCGUUACUAAAGAGAAUUUCCCGAGCAAGGCUGAAAGGGCUACGGAGUUGAGACGUCUACUUGGAAAGGUCGGUGAAUUCAUCGGUCAAAAUCUGAAGGGCCAGGGCUCCAUGUCGUCUUUGGAGACUCGUUUAUGGCAAUAUGUUUCGGUACACUACUGGCCCAACAAAGACGCCGGAGGGGCUAAACUUCAAGAAAUGUAUCAUAAACUGAUCGCAAUCCCUAAGGAGCCUGCUGCUUCCAAGCCAGCCUCCAACGGAGAGUAG